AUUGGGAGUUUGGGAGAAACUAGCACAAGGAAAGAGGCGAAAGAAACUUUGCUUCAGCUGAUAACAAAAGUCAUAAAACUCUUAAACCUGCUUCAAUCUUCUCUCUUCAUUUGCUUUCCUUUCAUUCUUUGGCAUCUUCUUCAGAACACUAAUUUGAUUUUGGAUCUGUUCGUGAUCUGAGGAAGAAACAAUGGCGUAUGUAGAUCACGCGUUCUCCAUAUCCGACGAUGACAUCAUGAUUGAAACCCCAUACACUGUAAGCAACCGACCUCCGGUGAAGGAAAUCGCCCUGGCCGUUUCUCUCCUCGUCUUCGGCGUCUUCGCCAUCAUCCUCGGUUCUUUCAUGGCCGCCAACAAGGUCGGCGGCGACCGAGCUCACGGGCUAUUUUUCGCUGUACUGGGAGGAAUUCUGUUCCUUCCUGGGUUCUACUACACUCGAAUCGCAUAUUAUGCGUACAAGGGGUACAAAGGUUUCUCCUUCUCCAACAUACCUCCUGUGUAGAUCACCAACAACAGCACCAGUAACCGUCUUUGUCAAAUUCACGUGUAUAUAAUAAGGCGAAUCCUUUGGAGAACAGUGUUAGAUCCUUGUAGCAAACAAAUGAACAAGUGAUUCUCAGUUGAAUUUCUGGAUCAUAUUAAUCAAUGACCUGUUAUAUUUAACUACCACCUCCCAUCUUGUUAUAUAUUGAAUACAAACCAAUGCAGACUGUAUUAUU